AGCAAGGCCUUGGCUGGGGUCUGUGGGCCACCAGCUUGAUGCUAAACAAAAAUCGCAAUAGCAACGUGACAGUCUUCUCGCCAGACGAGCGAUAGCAGUUAGUUUGUGACUGUGAACUUAGCAACUGAAGAACUGCAUUUAUUUCACAGGCUUCUCAGAGUGUCUGAUCCAAAGAUAACCAUGUGCAAAAGUGUCAGAAUGUUCUGGAUGAAUCAGAGCAGGCUGUUGUUCAUGCAAACGUGAGCUUGACUGCCGUGCUUUUGGACAGGCACAGAUUUAGCGAGGUGCUAUGAAAAGUCUCAACACGCCUCUCUGCGCACCUACCACACCUCUGCCGGAGCACUCCUGGGCCUCACUGGAGCGCUGCAUCUGCCAAGUUUGUGAUGGGUUUUACCUGUCAUCCUUUGGCGACCCCAGUUGUCUCCAAGGUCCUGGAGGCUCCUGUGAGACUGGUGCCCUGGCUGAGUUUUGUGGUUUGGCUCACAUGGCUCUUGGCACAAGUGAUGACGCGAGACCUCCUGUGCAGUCAACCAGCCGUGCUUCAUCUGUACUUGAAAGUCUCAUCUAUCCUGUGAGCCUUGAUGGAGUUUCUUUGUUUUCAGUUUUAAUAACUGCACCCUUUGGAGGAAAUAUGGGUUGUGAACCCUGACACCUACCAGCUAAAAGUGUAAUAGCAAGUUUUACCCCAGCACACCUUCUUAUUAUUUUUGUCAAAUAGUCUGCAGUAGGCUGAAUGCAGUUAUUUUUUGAUAUGAAUAUCUUCUAUUUUAUGAAGCAGUUCUGCUUCAACAUACUUGGAAGAAAACUUGUCCAGUUCCGCGGCAUGAAAAGCAGUUUAUCUUGAAGUGUUUCUCAAGCACUUGAUGUCCUUCAACGUCCUUUAAAAAUCAGUAUGUUAUACAUUGCAUUUUUAUUUGAGUAAAAUCAUGGUAGCUCAGGAUUUAUCCAUAACACUGAUACAGGGGAAGGAAACAUUUUGUCUUCUAAAUUACAAAGGAAGGAAGGUGCUUCUGUCACUUCAAAGAGUCUGAACUGAAAGUAAGUAGAACAAGAAGACUUUCUCAAAACUGAGCAUCCAAUCUCAGCUCCCUGCUUCAAGAGGCAAGCACAGUCUUUGUGUUGACCCAGAGCUGCAGUGCAGGCUUAGUAUUUUUUUUUCUGUUAAUGGUUACUGCUAGAAGAGUACCUGUUCACAGCUGAAGGAUGAGCAGAGUUUGAGAACAGCUGAUCCAUUCCCUGUUCCAAAUCGAGAAAGGACUUGACUUGCCUUUUCUAUUGUACAUGUGUAUCUGAAUACAUAUAUAGGAAUAGGAUAUUCUAUUGCUCUGUUUUUAAGGAGCAAUGUCAACACUUCUCUAGCUUCUUCUGCAUCUGCUGUAAGAAAAUUCCAGACGCCAGCAACAUUCUAUUAGGAUUUUUUUCCCGAGCUGCUGAUAAUAUGCUUAUGCUGUAAUUCCAUUUUAAAAUAGUCUUUUAGUCUAGGAAUUUCCUCGUCUGAUUUGCCUCAGACUUUCCAGAAAAAUUCUACUUUGGCAUAAAGUUUGCACCUGUGAAAGUUCAAGGAAAUCGGGUUAGCUUUUGCUAAACGAGGAAGGGAUUCUGCCAAAGUUGGGUUUACAAUGAAAGGCUAGUUUAAAUAUGGACAGACUAGUCUCUUCAUAAUUAUUAGGUAAUAUUAAUGUAUAAUCAGUCCCAUAAAGAAAAAAGAAAUCUAAAUGGACUUUAUAUUGCUUAUAAAAAUGCAUUUCUGUUUCUUCUUUGGCUAGUCAAGGGAGAAUGUUCGCUAUUAACCCAUCUUGUUUAAUUUUGUGAGCCGCCACUCGUGUGCAAAUUUCCUGUACAUCUUGAACAAAAACAUGUAAAAGAUGAACAAAGAAUGAGGGGGGAAAUUAUAAAUGGAUCCAUGUGACUGCCUCUUCUCCAGAGAUUUUUUCCCUCACUUCGGAAGUUUAGAGGGAACGCAGGGCCAUGCAGUGUGUGUUAAAGCUGAUGGAAUAUCUUUCUCCCUCAGGGUAUUUCUUUAAUCAAUGUUUCUUUAUACCAUUAGGUCAUCUCUUCUUUCUUUCUUUCUUUAUUUUCUGAAGAAUCCUUGUUUUGUAUGUUUUCAUGCAUCCUGACAUUUAUUCUCAGAAUUAUGGCCUGAUCACUUCCUGUCCUCUUCCUCAAAAUUUCUCUCAUUUUAUCUAUUUUAAGUGCUGAAGCACAAAGAUAACCCCAUCAUAGUUCUCUCGUUUUCCCCAGCAGUUCCCCCCCUUGCCUCCCCGCAAUGAAAAAUGAAAGGUCUCAUGGUCUUACAGAUUUUCUUUAUGCUUAUUUUGGCCUAUUUGCAACCCAAAUACAUCAUCAUGCUAUAAGACGGCUCUCUAAGGCUCUUGGAUCAAUUAAAGGUAGCCCUAUUCAUUGCCAGUACAAACCUUUGCCUAUUAACUCUUUCAAAGGGCAUUUGUCAUCGCAAAAAGCUGUGAAUGCUGUCUGGGUUCAUUGAUUUAAAAAAAGGUAUUGUUUUAAGGCUGCUGAAUAUCUUAAUUAGUUGUAAUCAGAGGGUAGCUUGUGUCUGUAAAGUGAUACAGUUACCUUUCACCUACUUGCUUUAUUCUGUGUGUUUUUAAAAGAAAAAUAUCUCAAAUGUAAUUUAAGCAGAGUGUUUUUAGGGUACAAGAGGAGUGCACUUGCUGAUCAAAGUAUAAUUUAUGACGUUAUUUUAUAAAGCCAAAUAUUUAAUGUGCUAACUCAGAAUACGUCUCAUUGGCUUACAACCAGCCUUGAGAGGGAGAAAAAAAGCCCCUCCAGUGUUGUUUCCUGCAAAGACCAUUCUUAAGAGCUCGUUGGACAGCGCAGGGCUCUUGAAGUGAUAGCUAAUUGGUGAAAGAAAGGCCCCGAUUGUCUUGAGGGAGCUGGAAAGUGCUGCGUGUGCUGCUGAAAGGGACUAGGGAGAAGGUGCCUGGUUUCGCUGAGCAGCUGCUGCUGGAGAUGUUUGGAGAUUACAUCAGCAUUGGAAAAAAGGGGCAAAAAAAAAGUCCAACUUCACAGAGACGGAGUUUAUGGAGUUUUUUUCCCCUUCCAAAGGUCUUCUGACAAUACUGUCAUUGUCAAUAUAAGAGUUGUUAAUUCUUUAUGAAUAGCACAUGGGGCCUCUUGACUAAAUAGUACGUUACAUGUCCCAAAUCUGUCAGCUGGGCUCUUCUCUCACAUGCUAGUGAGAUCACUUUGAUUGGAAUGUUACAGGAAUUGCGGGGCCGGACACAGAACUGAAUACUGCAUUAUAUAAUUAGAUCUCCCGUAGUAUUUUUUUUUUCAGAUUACCUCAUUAUUCUAGCUUAAAUAUGGAAUCCGUCCUUUUGAUGAUUUUGCUGAUUGUGAUUAUAUUCAUACGAUUCGUUUUAUGGUCCUGCCUUAGUGCUUACAUAGAUUACAAACUGUCCCAAAGGUUUCCUGACAAGAGAAAAGAGGACUAAGAUACUUCAAAAGGCUUGUUCAGAUUUGAACUGGCAAUGGGGACAACUGGACAAGGUAAAUGGAGCUAGAGAAGAUUUUACUUUGGGUUCCGAUGAGAGAGAAAUGACCUGCUGAGACUGCAAUUGAGUGAAAAGUCUUCAGAAGGCCUCGUGCUGACAGAGAGGGGGGGAAAUCCAACAACUGAUUGAGUCAAACAAAUUCCUAUCAGACUAGGGCAAGAAUUUGUUGUUGGGAACAGACUUGUGGACUUUUGCCAAUGAAAUGAUCUGGACAAGCUGGAAGGAAUCCUAUUGUUGGGCAGUCCAAGACUGCCAGUGGCCCAGUCUUGAUACAUGAAAUGCGAUGGCUUAUUGCCUGCUGGACAAGCUGCUGAUCUGCACGUUAAGAUGUCAGCUGCACAGCCUGCCUGGAUGCAACAACUGACUGCGCCUGAACGAACAUGAAGAUUACUGGCCCAAUUUAGGAUCCGUGUCUAAGGAAGCAGAUUUAUGGAGUGGAUUUUUACAUGAUUGACUGCCUUGUUGCUAAAUUCUUCUUGUGGUUCAUCCUUGUCAGUCAGAUCAGAAACUGAGUGUUUUUAACUGACUAUAACCUGAUGGUUAUCCCCAUUUCUUAUCAAGUGAUAUAUCCGAAUAAUCACGCACUGCACACCACUGGAAUACCAUGUUCCGUGAAAAACAGAUCUGUGCAUCUGAGUUUGUCUGACAGACCAGCAGUGCUUCAGCAGCACCAGGGGUGGGGACAUGCGACAGCACUCAGUGGCCUUGCAAAGUAAUUAUUUCAUUUCUAGUCUUUCAUAAAGAGCUACUGGGACAUGGGAAGAUCUGACAACUUGCCCAAGGCAAUAGUGACUUAGGAUUCCUUGGUUAAUGCGUCUUGCAAAAUGAGACAGGAGACUCCAAGUGAACUGUUUGCUUUCAAAUGGCUGUUAUACUAAGUCAAACAUCCAAAGAAUCUUGCUGCAACAACAGAAUUUAACAUCUGCUUUUAAGAACUUGAUUUUCCUACAGCAAAAGUAGGAAAAUCUGCCUUGCCUGAGGAAGGGAAGUUGAAAUGCAAUGUCCUUGGCCCAGUCAAUUUUAAAAAGGUUUCUCUGGGUUGAUGAUUUUUAUGUCAGUUGAAAGUAAAGGCUCCCACGUGGUAAACUAACUUCUGUAUCUCUUGGUAGCUUACAUGAUGAUAUCAGACUUCAGCCUAGGUAAAAACCCAAAGCAUUCCUGUAACGAGUUUCUGGCCCAUUCAUGAGUCACACACUCCUACAGGCUUGUCUCAUUUUAGCGACUGUUAAUCAGCCCUUAUCACUCUGUUGUGUGAAGCCUCCUAAAACUCAGACAGGAGAGGUGGCAUGUGUUUAUGCUGUGGAGCAGGGUAAAUGUCAGGUCAAUUGAUUGCAGCUUCAGGUUUUAUUUAUGGUGGAUGACCAACCUACAAGACAGCCUGCAAUGUCUGAAGAUGCAUGCCAUUGCCUUGGAAUCUAGCUAGUUAAUAAAUUACGUCUAGAUGUAACUAAACCCCUUGUCUGUUUUUGUGGAUCCUAAUUUUAAUGAUGAUUGUCUCAUAUUUGUUUUUGUGUUCCCCAGCACCAGCAGACCACAAAGGGAAAGUGAAAUGGUGUCUAUUUGAUGUGCAGACAUACCUUUGAUAAUAAGUAACUGGAAAAAUAGGCACAGUGAUCCAUUUUUCUUCUGUCAAUUAAACAUAGCUAUUCUUAGCUGUUGUAUGCAUCGUUGUGAAGAAAAUGAAACUUGUAGAUAAACUGAUAUGAUAGUGCCUUUAAGGAACACAUUUCCUAAUCCAUAUUUUUAAUUUAAACUAUACUUGACAGUGUCGUAUAUUAAUCAUUUAAAAAUGUGGAUAUAAAGAGAAAUGCUACAGGAGCUGUGGGUUAAUGUCCUUAACGUUUGGUGAUGUUCAGAACUGACACUGCUGUGGAAUUCACGUCUUUGAUUCCUUUAUUCCUACAGAGCAGCAUCUUGAAUUUUCCAUGUAAAUCAGAGAUAUCACGGUCUCGUUACGGACCAUCCUCUUAUGCAGACCACAUUUUCAUUGAUCUCUGUGGCACAGUUGGUAGGGAAUCACCAGCAUGGAAUCGUCAGAA